AAAAGGCAUCACCACAUUGGCCUUUUACUUUUCUUUUCUUUUAUUUUUUUUUCUCUACAUAUAUUUUUCCUUUUCUCACUUCAACCCUUUGUUUUUCUGUGCUUCCUAUGCAAUUGUCUGUGCCUGUUGCUGCUGCUCCUCCUGCUCCCUUUUCUCAGUACCUCCAAAUGGAGGUGGAUAUGAAUCAAUCCAAAUCACACUUUGAAUUCCUUGUUCUUAUUUGAUUAAUACCCUUUUAUUUUAAGUUUUAACCCCACUCUUUCUUUCCUCUCUUCCAAACAAAAACAUGUCUCUCCUCCCAUCUCCAUGAUAGUUUGAGUUCUUGACCUCAUUCAAAACUCUCAACUCUCACAAACCCAACUUUUUUUUUUCUUUUUUUGAGUUGGGAAAUCAUCAAACUGCAUUACUCAGGUGUUGGAGUUCAUGGAAAUUGAUCUGAACCAUGUAGUAGUGUCCGAGGUUGAGAACAACAACAACAACAACAACAACAACAAUGGUAGUUACUGCAAUGGGGACUGUGACAACAAAAGUAGUUGUAGUGUUUGUUGUUUGUCUUCUUCAACUUCUUCAUGCUCUUCUAAUUCCUCUUCAGCUCCAGUUUCUUCCUCUAUCUACUUGGAGCUUUGGCAUGCCUGUGCUGGUCCUCUCACCUCACUCCCAAAGAAAGGGAAUGUGGUUGUCUACUUCCCGCAAGGUCACUUAGAACAGCUCUCUUUGUCUUCUCCCUUUUCUCCCAUGGAGAUUCCCACUUUUGAUCUUCAACCACAGAUCUUCUGCAAAGUUGUUAAUGUCCAACUACUUGCUAAUAAGGAGAAUGAUGAGGUCUAUACCCAUGUUACUCUGCUUCCUCAGCCUGAGUUGGUGGGAAUGAAAUUAGAAGGCAAAGAGCUUGAAGAGCUGGGAGGUGAUGAAGGGGUUGGAGGACCACCUACAAAAUCAACCCCACAUAUGUUCUGCAAAACUCUUACUGCUUCUGACACCAGUACACAUGGAGGGUUCUCUGUUCCGCGCCGAGCUGCAGAAGAUUGUUUCCCUCCACUGGAUUAUAAGCAGAGGAGGCCCUCCCAAGAACUUGUUGCAAAAGACCUGCAUGGGGUAGAGUGGAGGUUUCGACAUAUUUAUAGAGGUCAGCCAAGGAGACAUCUGCUUACUACUGGAUGGAGUGUUUUUGUAAACCAAAAGAAUCUAGUCUCUGGAGAUGCAGUGCUCUUUCUGAGGGGUGAAAAUGGAGAGCUGAGAUUGGGAAUCAGGAGAGCCAUUCGACCGCGAAAUGGCCUUCCUGAUACAAUUGUUCGCAACCAGAAUUCUUAUCCCAACGUUCUUUCCCUUGUGGCUAAUGCAGUAUCUACCAAGAGCAUGUUUCAUGUUUUCUACAGUCCAAGGGCAACUCAUGCAGAGUUUGUCAUUCCGUACCAAAAAUAUGUGAAGAGCAUCACAAAUCUUGUGACGGUUGGGACAAGAUUCAAAACGAGAUUUGAAAUGGAAGAUUCACCAGAAAGAAGGUGCAGUGGUGUAGUUACUGGAAUAUGCGACUUGGAUCCCUACAGAUGGACCAAUUCAAAAUGGAGAUGCUUGAUGGUCAGGUGGGAUGAAGAUAUUGGAAAUAGUCAUCAAGAGAGAGUUUCUCCAUGGGAGAUCGACCCUUCGGUUUCUCUCCCACCCUUGAGCUUUCAGUCUUCCCCGAGACUGAAGAAAAUGCGGACAAGUCUGCAAGCAACCCCACCCAGCAAUCCUAUUACCGCAGGAGGGGGUGGGUUUCUGGACUUUGAGGAGUCGGUUAGAUCCUCUAAGGUCUUGCAAGGUCAAGAAAAUAUAGGUUUCAUAUCACCCUUGUAUGGAUGUGAUAUUGUAAACCGCCCGCUAGAUUUUGAUAUGCAGCCUCCGGCACAUCAGAAUCUUGCAUCAAGUACAACCAAGAAGGCAACAAUGAAUGAGCUCCUCAGGGCUCAACCCACCACUUACGCAGGCUUUGUGGAGUCGAGUAGAUUUCCGAAGGUCUUGCAAGGUCAAGAAAUAUGCCAACUAAGGUCCCUGACUGGGAAAACCAACAUCAACCUGGGAGCUUGGGCAAAACCCUCUCUUGGUUGUACUUCUUUCAGCAACUAUCAAGCAGCAGCCAAACCAAACUUUUUCCCCCUAGCAUCGGAAUCCCUACAAAACACUUAUUUUCCCUAUGGUGACAUUCACAGAGUAGGGCCGAGUCCUUGUGCCACGCUCUCUAAUGCCGCCAACUUCCCAAGAGAGAGUGUCAAUAUCAAUCCAUACUCGAUUCAGAGUGGAAUUCUAAGGAACGAAGUUGGGAAGCCUAAUGUACCAAAUGAGUUUAAGCCACAAGAAAACAUUUCUGCUCAUCCCACUUUAGGAGCAAAUAUUAAGAGUCCGAAAGAUGACAAUUUCGGUGGGACUGUGACUGGCUGCAAACUUUUUGGUUUUUCCUUAACCGGAGAAACUACCACCCCAAACUCUCAGAGCUCCAGUAAGAGGAGUUGCACAAAGGUUCACAAGCAAGGCAGUUUAGUAGGGAGAGCCAUUGACCUCUCGAGACUCAGCGGCUAUGGUGACCUUCAGAGUGAACUAGAGUGGUUGUUCAACAUGGAAGGCCUUCUAAAGGAUCCUGACAAAGGGUGGCGAAUCUUGUACACCGACAGCGAGAAUGAUGUAAUGGUCGUCGGCGAUGAUCCAUGGCAUGAGUUUUGUGAUGUGGUUUCAAAAAUCCACAUAUAUACCCGAGAAGAGGUGGAGAAGAUGACAAUUGGUGGGAUGAAUAGUGAUGAUACCCAAAGCUGUUUGGAACAAGCUCCAGUGUCGAAAUCUUCAUCGGUGGGCCAGCCAGAUUCUUCUCCAACUGUUAUCAGGGUUUAAGUGAAUUCUGUGUUUGUCUUCAGUAGUGUGUGUUAUGUCUGCUUAUGCAUCUAAUUUGCUCCAGAACCUGGUUAUGUAUCUAUUAGUUUUCAAGUCUGAACUUGGUAGUUGCCUUCAUAUUAGGAAACGAGUGAAAACUCCUUUAUGGGCCUUUCGGUUUUUUCGUUCGUCGUCAACUUUGUUGAGUAACUAUGACUGCUGUUGGAUAUAAAUCAUGGGUUUGCAUUCUAUAA